AUGACUACUGUAAAUGUUCAGGCGGCCGAGUUUGCAGCACGUUACGUCGACCCCGAAGGGGUGCCGAUCAAUGCAAACCAAGCUCUUCUCGGAUCAGGGUCUCCAAGUGCUCCCAAAAUAGGCACUCUUAUUCCUAAUCGCAUUUUUGUUGGAGGCAUUCCUUCAAACACAACUGAACAGGAGCUCAAAGCAUAUUUCUCUAGUUUUGGUCAAGUAAAGGAUGUGAAGAUUAUCAAUGAUAGGCUCGGCGUCGCUAAGGGGAGCUAUGGGUUCGUUACAUUUGAAUGUCAAGAAGUGGCUGAGAAAAUCAUCAAAAAUGAAUCCGAGACACUCAUCUUCAAGGACCGCAAGUUGAACAUAGGGCACGCAAUUCGCAAGCAGCAGCUCUUCCCACGUCCAGCUGAUGUUACACCAACACUUUUCUUUCCUGGUGGAGCCGCAAUUCCUUGCGGCUUUCAGAGUGGAUUGCCUGUUUUUCCUUUAACUGGUCAGGAUUACUCUGUUCUUGCACAACAGGGAUCAGCAUAUCAACAAAUGCUGCUGCAACAAGCAAAUGGAGCCGCAAUGUACUUAUCUCCCCAGUCGGCAAAUCAACAAGCUGCAGCCGCUGCAGCUGCUGCCGUUCAGUACUCGGCCCUCCAAUCGCAGCUGGCUGCUGCUCAACAAAAUGCGGCCGCUUACGCCACUCUUCAGCAACAGCAACAGCAACAUCAACAGUAUCCUCAAGCCGCUUCCUUUACUGGUCAAUUAACAACGACCGGAAGUCAGUCACAGGCAGCAAUGCUAGCAGCAGCGAUGGCAGCAGCAUCCCAGUGGCCAAAUGCUGCAAGUACUCCAGUGAACGGUCAUAACACUUCUGGUAGUGUUCCACCAUCGCUAACGCCAGCACCAGUUGGUCAGCACACAGCUCCUACUGCUGUGGACGCCGCCCAGUCACCAAAUGUUGCUGCUUUGGCCGCAGCUGCAGCGGCUGCCGCUUGGAGAUGGUUUUCACCAGCUGCUGUUACCCAACACAAUGGAAAUGGAACUCUUUUAGCAUCCUCUCCAACAGCUGCAUGUGGACAAUCCGCUUCACAGCAACAGAUCCAUUCUGCCGAACAUCAACAACAGCUGGUUUUUCUGCCGAAUACAACUACAACAAGCGACUAUAGCACUGAUCACAGUGCCCAUUCAUCGGGCCUUUUGGAGUCGGUAGAGCCAGGUAUGUUUCAUUGUGAGGGCCUCUCAAUGAGCCCACCGCAGCACCCACUACAACCAACUCUUCUGCCAUUCUUCGCUCCAGCUGUUUUCGAUAGCGGAAUAGCAGCAACCUCAAGUCCGGUUAUUGCCAGGCAAAUUGUCUCUCCUUCUAGUACUAACGGUCACAUCAUUACGAACGGCACAAAUGGAACCAGCCAAACCCCACAAAGUCAGAAUCUAUAUGCUACUCCAGCUCCCCAGCCUAUUAUCUAUUCAGGUGCAGGAGUUAAUGGCAACGGCUUGGUGGUUGUAGACCACACUGGUAAACAAAAUGGAGGUGGCCGUGGUUCAAGUCCAAAGAAACUCACAACAAAUGGUGCUGCAGCAAGCACUCGGACAGCAAUAUGA